GUCAGUGCAGUUCUCCAUUUUAUAGUUGCCUGAGCUUAUAAUUACCAUUCUUAUCCUUGAAUCUCCACGCUAGAUCUUCCCUGGCCCAACGCAGGCCUCUCCAGUAAUUUCUGGAAGUUUAUUAUCGGAUUCUACGUUUCCGUUGGCACUAGCAGAUACGAUACACCCGAAAAACAUGCACAAAGCAGAAAAUGUGCCUCGAACACUGGCCAAGCAUGAACUGCCCCAAUUAGUGCUUUGGUUAAAAUCCAAAUUUCCCAAAAGUCUGCCGGUAUAUCAUUUGAUCAAGAAUGCACUACGGGAAGACUGGGCUUGGCCGGGAAUGGAUGUUAUGGUUGAUACAUUUCCGAGGCCAGCAAUUUGCAUCUGCCGCACUUCUCCGUUCAAAGGCAAAUUAGUCAAUGUGCCGAUGCUCAACGGACAUUACAUCUUCGUUUAUGCCAACAACCAACCAAGUUUUCUAAAUUUGUUGCGCAAAAAUUUCGACAAGCUUGCUAAUUGGAGCGAAACUGCAACCUUUAUCGAUGUUGAUGAGGAUUUGGGCCAAAUUCUCUUGGAUCACAAUCAGCAGUUUGCGCGUGUAACGUUUGGAGAUAAUUUUGGGACGGGUGGAAAUUGUUUCUACUUCGACUUGGCAUUGUGGACAGAUCGGCGGGAUACUUUCCCCAUCCCCAACCACUUCCGAGUUGGACACCUGUCCGUCGAGCACCUCGACCAAAUUGUCGCCAACUGUGCUGCCGGUGACGCAAAAGCAAAGAAAGCGUUUUUCACUCAACUUCUCACUAAAGGUUUUCCAACGGCUGCCAUCUUUGACACCAACCAUGCGCAGUCAUCUGCUCCCGUUGUGUACUGCAUGUACAUGCCGCAAGGAUCCAUUAGUGCGGUGUAUCUCCACCCUGACUACCGGGAACAGGGCUUAUUCAAGAUGGUUACUGCGGAAUUAAUAAAUACUUUGUACAAUAUUGGAGAGGUUUCAGUGUGGAUGGAGAGCGUCAACGUCAACUUCCCCACUCAACUCGAAGAUCUCCACAGCCUUGGCGGUCGGGAUUACGAACGUCAUAGAAAGUGCUGGAUCCAGUAUGUGCCGAAGAUCUCGAAAAAGGUCAUCCCAGAGAAAACACUCCCGCAAAAAGCCCAAAUUGGGGAAAGUCCUGUCCCUGAGGAUGAUACACUGAGUGAUAUGGAGUCGGAUGAAGAGGAUUUCUACGCGGAACGUGGAUCAUCGAAGAAAUACGGACACAGUAUAAGUGAACGGCAGCGUCAAGCCGCAAAAUCGCAUUGGUACUGAAGUUUUUGUUAUGCGAAAAUACACGGUUAAAGUGUUAUGUUUACGUGCUUUUUUGGAUCUCCUACCCUAAUUUAAUGAGAAAUUUGUUAUUGCAAACUCGAGUUGCUUGCUUAAAUAGCAGCAUUAUUUGAUCAUGCCAAUUUGCGUACUUAGGUAUAUUAUUUUACUGUACGUUUUGGCUCUGUAAGAUUGCUCUGUAUUGUCAUUUGCAUGUUGAAGUACCGUACAGUACUUUCACAGUGCUGUUUUCAGUGUGCGUGAAACUGCAGAAAUCUAAAUAGAUUUUACGCUAGAAAGACGUUUUUAUUUGUCGGUUUAUAUCGACUAUCCACUAUUUUGGGAAUGUCCGGCC